UCCUCCAUCUUUGUUUCAGUCACGGCUAACUUCAGGUCAGUAUCGAUAGAGCAUUUCACUGAAUGUUCAGUGUUGUACUGACUACGCGUUGGAGUGGACGUUUUCGUGUGUAAUCAGUGAAUUUUUUGUGAAAAUGUUUUCCACUUCUACACUGAGUGUCCUAUUAGGGACAAUUUUACUUAUCUCUUCGAUUCCCGAUGCAGUAUCUUUCAGCAAGUACGGGAGGACGUGCAAGGACAUCGGUUGCAUGAGGGAUGAGGUCUGCGUGAUGGCCGAGGAUCCUUGUUCGAUCUAUCAACGAGAUAACUGCGGUCGUUAUCCGACUUGUAUGAAAUCUCGUCCAGGCGAGGCUAAUUGUGCCAGCACUCUGUGCGGUGAAAACGAAUACUGCAAAACCGAGAAUGGCGUCCCGACAUGUGUGAAGAAAUCAGCAGUAAAUGAUGACGGAUUGUUCGCAGAGUUCGAUGGAACAAGCAACAGCUUAUUGAGAAAAAGACGGGGGACCGGCGAUGAAGCGGAUUCCACACCGGAUGACACGCAAUCGGUUAAGACGAUGGACUCUCGAUACCCAUCCGGAAGUGGAUAUCCAUCCUCAGAAACUCGACCAAAAACUGAUACCUCGGUCAAAUCAUCCGGUUACCCAUCCAGUUCUGGUUAUCCCUCUACUGGCUCAUCCGGUUAUCCAUCCAGUUCCGGUUAUCCAUCCAGUUCUGGUUACCCAUCCAGAUCGUCCGGGUAUCCUUCAGAAUCUGCAAGUUCCGGUUACCCGUCGAGAAGCUCUGGCUAUCCUUCAGAGACUGGAUAUCCUUCGAGAAGCUCUUCAGGUUAUCCAUCACAGUCUGGAUAUCCUUCGAGAAGCUCUUCAGGUUAUCCAUCAGAGUCUGGCUACCCUUCAAGAAGCUCUUAUCCAUCAGGAUCUAGUUAUCCCAGUGGCUCGUAUCCUUCAUCAGGUUCAAGGGGAUAUCCAUCGACCUCCGUCGAUGAGGCAAGUGUGAAGAGGGUGGAUGCAAACUCUGUGAAUGCUGCUUAUCCCAGCCAGGCUGGUAGAAGUAGUUCAGGGUAUCCUAGCCAGGGUAGCAGUUAUCCGAGUCAGAGCUCUGGAUAUCCUAGCCAAGGUGGCGGUUAUCCGAGUCAGAGCUCUGGAUAUCCUGGCCAAGGUUAUCCAAGCUCUGGAUAUCCUGGUCAAUCUGGAAGAAGCGAUUAUCCAUCACAGUACGGUGGAUAUCCUUCACAGUCUAAUCCAUAUGGUAGCUAUUAUCCUGGGUACAAUCAAGGUUACCAACAAGGGUAUCCUGGAGGGUAUCAACAAGGAUAUCCAGGAGGGUAUCAGCAAGGGUAUCAAGGGGGUUAUUCUCCUCCUUCUACCACUAGGAAACCUAAAUUUACUGAUCAGUUGGGCACCAUAGCCAAAGAUCUUGCUGGGAAAUAUUUGACUCAGGCUAUUCUAGAUAAAGUUACCAGAUAUUAGAAUGUAUUACAGAUUUUUGAAAUAAUUUUUUAAUGUAAUUAUUAAUGUAAUUUAUGCUUCCUUCUAAUAAUCUCUGCUCACUAUGAUUGAUAUCAAUUUAGAUAGUUAAUUUUAAGUUAUGUUAAAAAUAUUAAUGAACAAUAUGAAAAUAUGAAUUCACGAAUAAAAGUUAUAAUUUACUUUGUUUGUUUUUGCUCCUUUAAUAAAUAUAUUUUUCUUGCA